ACUUCAAAAUUAAACUAAUCUGACCUUGCAUUUUAUGACUAACUGCUACGGAUGAUGGCCUGCUUGCACUUGUCGAUUAACAAUGCAGGUGGAUUAUGCUUGCACGUCGGAAGUAGUACGGAUGCAUUUCCAGUCAAGUGGGACAGUUAACAGGGUGACUAUUCUGACGGAUACAUUUGGCCAGCCGAAGGGUUUUGCCUACGUUGAAUUCCUGGAGCUCGAGGCUGUUCAAGAAGCUCUAAAAUUGAAUGAAUCUUUUUUACACGGCCGUCGAAUCAGAGUGAUGGCUAAGCGAACUAAUAUCCCAGGAAAGAAGCAGUUCCGCCCACGGCGGUUCAAUCCAUACAUGGGACGACCCGUCAGGAGGGCGUUCAUGGCACCACCACGUUUCUCCGCCCCUUACGGUUAUGGGAAGGCUCCCAGAUUCAAGAGCUCCAUGCGCUAUCGGCCUUUCUGAAACUAGACAGCCAUCUCAAGUCACAGUUACAGUAGUGGGCUAUAGAUUGCUAGGGAUGAAAACAAAUUCCAUCAUUUGGGAAAGCGUCGUCAUUCGGUCGUGACCUGAGGAGGAUUUCACAUUGUCUCAUUUUAAAAAUGGUUUGCCCUGGCUUUACCAGAGGAUUUGUUCGUAGUCGCAUUGUCAAUUUCCCAAGGCUUAUUUAUGAU